AGACAAGCAUAGUACUUAUUAGCAAGUAAUUUUCAGGCCAGCAGUAAUUAGCACUCCUAUUUUUGGGAAGCUCGUUUUAGUAAUUCCCUGGCCAACGAGCCCAUUGACAGGUGGGUCCAUCUGCUGACAAUCGAAAGCGCCAGAAACAAGCAAAGGUCGAUCCCCGAAACGAAGCAAACCACGAGCUCCCGCCAAAUCGAUCGAUCUCCCCCAUCCAUAUAUACCAACGCCGGCGCAGGAGAGAAGCAUCGAUCCAUCUCGAUCGAUCGAUCACCUGCCGGCCGGUCGAGUUCGUCGUCGCAUCCCAGGCGCCUCGAUCGAUCGAUCGAUCGAUCUCCUGGCCUCUUACUGCCGCUAGGACGGACUCACUAAUCCGGCCAGCCACCAUGCUGCGGUCCACCGGCGACCGCGUCGUCAUCGUGGGCGGCGGCAUCGCCGGCGCCCUCCUCGCCAAGACGCUCCAGAACCACGCGGACGUCGUCCUCAUCGACCCGAAGGAGUACUUCGAGAUCCCGUGGGCGAACCUGCGCGCCAAGGUGGACCCGGCGGCCGUGGAGCGCACGGUGAUCCCGCACGCCGACUACCUGACGCACGCCAAGGUGGUGACCGCCUUCGCCGUCGGCAUCGACGACUCCGUCGUGCUCACCUCCAUCGGCCGCGCCGUGGCCUACGACUUCCUGGUCAUCGCGACGGGCCGCACCUGCAACCGGCCGCAGAAGCAGUCGGACCGGCUGGAGAUGUUCCAGCGCGACAAGGAGCGCAUCGACGCCGCCGAGUCGGUGCUGGUCGUCGGCGGCGGGCCCAUCGGCGUGGAGCUGGCGGCGGAGAUCGUGAUGAAGAGCCCCGAGAAGCGCGUGACCAUCGUCCACGGCGGGCCGCGGCUGCUCAAGGUGAUGGGCGCGCGCGCGUCGGCCAAGGCGCUCGAGUGGCUCCGGUCCAAGCACGUGACCGUGCUGCUCGACCAGACCGUGGACCUCGCCGGCGCCACCCCGGAGACGCGGGUCUUCACGACGUCCGCCGGGGAGACGGUGGAGGCGGACUGCCACUUCGUGUGCACGGGCCGGCCCGUGGCGUCCGGGUGGCUCCGGGACUCGUUCCUCAGGGACCACCUGGACGAGGAGGGCCACGUCCGGGUGGACGACCACCUGCGCGUGGGCGGGCUCAAGAACGUGUUCGCCGUCGGCGACAUCACCGACGUCCCGGAGGCGAAGCAGGGCCACCUGGCGCAGCGGCAGGCCAUGGUGGUGUCCCGGAACCUGCGGCUGCUGGUGAAGGGCGCCUGCAGGGAGGAGAAGCUGCACCGGUACAAGCCGUGCCCCAGGGCGUCCAUCACCGUCACGCUCGGCCGCCGCGACGCGCUGGCGGAGCUGCCCUUCAUGACGCUCAUCGGCCACAUCCCCGGCGCCGUCAAGCCCCGGGACCUCUUCAUCACCAGGACGCGCAGGAUGAUGGGGCUCAAGAGCAAACCCUACGGCACCAUGCCGCGCGUCAUGUGAUCGAUCGGCGAGUGAUCGGAUCGAUGCUCCAUGCUCCCGUCCGGCGAGUGAUCGGAUUGAUGCACCGAUCGAGCAGAUCGGAGAUCACUAGCUAGGUUCUCUGAAUUUUUGCCUACUCCUCGUCGUCCUUGCUAGAAUCGUUUGAUCGGUUCGA